AUGGCUCCCAAGAAGACCACCACCCGCGCCCCCCAGGAGAACAUCUCCCUCGGACCCUCCGUUCGCGAUGGCGAGCUGGUCUUCGGCGUUGCCCGUAUCUUCGCCUCCUUCAACGAUACCUUCGUCCAUGUCACCGAUCUGAGUGGCCGUGAGACCAUCACCCGUGUUACUGGUGGUAUGAAGGUCAAGGCCGACCGUGACGAGUCCUCCCCCUACGCUGCCAUGUUGGCUGCCCAGGACGUCGCUGCCCGCUGCAAGGAGCUUGGCAUCAACGCUCUUCACAUCAAGAUCCGUGCCACUGGUGGUAACGGCACCAAGACCCCCGGUCCCGGUGCCCAGUCUGCUCUCCGUGCCCUCGCCCGUGCUGGCAUGAAGAUCGGCCGAAUUGAGGACGUUACCCCUACCCCCUCCGACUCUACCCGCAGAAAGGGUGGUCGCCGUGGUCGUCGUCUCUAA